UACAUACAGUAUAGUUAACAACAGUGACAACAAACCAACUGAAAGAUGCCGGGUAAGAAAAAAGGAAAGGGCAAAGGAAAAGGCAAGGGAAAAGGAAAAGGCAAGGGCAAAGGAAAAGGGAAGAAAUCUGUUCAAUCCAGGGAUCUAGUUGUUAUGAAGAACUUGUUGAAGCAGUAUGAUCGCAACUGUGUGUUUACUGGAUCACAGCCGAGUGCUAGUAUAAGACACAUUAUUAAAGAAUGCAUUGAACAGGAAAAAUGUCUAAGCAAAUUUAUAUUAGAGUCAGCAAAUCCGGAACCUGAACACCCUGUAUUAGUCGAACCUCUGCUAGUCGCAUUCCGCCAGAUCCGGUACGACCAAAUGAAGGAUCUCCAUAUAUGGAAUUAUCCAAUGUCAUAUGAAAAUUGUGCAUCUCUUGCAUUGUUAUUAGAGAAACCAUUUUGUAAUAUUCGUCUGCUUGAACUGGUUGACUGUCUGAUUGAGGCCUACUCCAUUAACAGACUCGCCAAAUGUUUUUCAUCUAAUCAGAAUUUGACAACUCUAAAUUUGGAUUAUAAUGAGUUUGGCGAUACAGGAGUAAUGUAUCUGUGUCAGGGACUGCAGGAUAACAGCAGUGUCUUGUCUCUCAGUCUCUGUUUCUGCGGUCUCGGAAUUCCGAGCGGAAGACUCCUUGGAAAGUUGAUUUCCACCACAGCUGUCAGAGAACUCUAUUUGGAUGGGAAUGACCUGGAAUGUGAAGGAACGCUGGAGCUCAUCAAACUCCCCGUUGACCAGGCGGAAAUGGAGGCGUUUCACAGAGCACAGAUCGUGCGACUUGCAGAGGAAGAGAAACUCCGGAAACUGGAAGAAGAAAAAACUAAUCGGUUUAAAGCUGGUACAAGCGGUGAAAGCUCCACAGAGGAUGGAGGGAAAUCAUCUAACACAAGCAAGAAAAAGAAGAAAGGUAAAAAGAAAAAGUCAAAGGGCCCCCCAGCACCGCCUCCUAUAGGACCAUGGAUACACAAGUUACAUUUAGCCGACAAUGGCAUCGAUGGGAUGGGAAAUAAAGGCACCUUCGCCCCAGUGAUCGUCAUGAGAUUGUUCAAGAAAUUGCUGGCACACUCCAUGUGUUUGGAGGAACUCGACCUUGAAGACAACCUGAUAGGUGACCUUGGAGGCCAGGAGUUAAAGAAUGCUCUCACUCUUAGAAAGGAAGCGAAAUUGCCCAGCGUGAAGAUCAGAACGACUCACCGAAUGAGUCCCAACAUCUUCAACUCCAUCGUCAAACUCGGGUCCGGGCUCAGCAAGAAAAAGAAAAAAGGCAAGAAGAAAAAGAAGUAGAAGACUUAGUAAGAUUUUUAUCAAAAUGGAUUCUCUAAACCGGGACUACAAGUCUAGCAUUCUACACACCAGUGUUUGGCGUAAUGGCCAUCACAUAGCAAGGCAACACAUGGUGUUGUCAUUGUCAGUCAAUGUUUUAAGAAUUUUGUUUCAACAGACUCUUUAGUGAAAAUCUGUGCAGACAUAACUAUACAUUGAAAUAUUUUUGAAUAAUGUAAAGUAAUGUGUUUUCUUCUUGUUAGUGAUCAUUGUUUAUAUGCCCAUCUAUAGUGGGUAGUAUUAUGGUGUGGUGUUGUGCGUCCAUUCAUCCGUAUGUCCGUCUGUUAAUUUUUUCUUGUCCGGAUCAUAUCUUGCAUACAGGACCAUCAAACCUCACAUGUAGGAACAACUUGGGAUGGUGGUGUGUUGCGUUCUACUACUAGGUCACUGUGACCUACUUUUCAUGGUCUACUGCACAUAACAAUAAAUCCUUGUUUUGAUCAUAUCUUGCAUACAGAUGAAUACAGGACCAUCAUAUGUCACAUGUAAGAACAACUUGGGAUGGCGGUGUGUUGCGUUCUAUUACUAGGUCAUUGUGACCUACUUUUCACAGUCUACUGCACAUAACAAUAAAUCCUUGUCCAGAUCAUAUCUUGCAUACAGA